GCCCGAUGACUUGAAAGCCCACCGGUCAGCUUAAACACCACUAAAACCCUAGAGACCUCCGUCGUUUUAGUUUCGACGGUGAGGCGCAAGCAUGGAAGAUCCUCCGAUUGAAGAGUGUGAACACGACGACGUCAACAAAACGGAGCAAGAUACUCAAAUCGAAGAAAGUGAACAAAACCAUAGAGACGUGGAAGUUGCUCCCGCCCUUAUUGCCGUCCACCCGACCCAGAACUCCGUUGCAGUCUCUGUCGGGUCGGACCUUCGUGUCUUCAAUCUACCAGAAGAUUGCGCUGUUACUUUGGUGGAUGAAUCUGGCGGCGCUUCUCAUAAUGAUUCAAUAAGAACUAUUAAAUAUGGAGCAAACGGAAAGCUCUUUGUAUCUGCUGGAGAUGACAAGCUUGUCAAGGUUUGGUCUACCGAGUCUUGGCGCUGUAUUUCUACCGUGUAUUCUGAAAAGAGAGUGAGUGCUCUUGCCGUAAGAAAUGAUGGUCUUCAUGUUUGUUUUGCUGACAAAUUUGGAGUGGUUUGGGUGGUGGAUCUUCCAGGGGUUGAUGGAAGUGAAGCUCCUCUUAACAAGAAGGCAGUUCCAUUGCUUGGUCAUUAUUGUAGUAUCAUUACUAGCUUGGAGUUUUCACCAGAUGGACGGUUUAUUGUUAGCGCCGACAGAGAUUUUAAAAUUCGUGUUACAGUGUUUCCCAAGAAGCCAUUAGAUGGAGCUCAUGAGAUUCAAAGCUUUUGUCUUGGUCAUAAGGAGUUUGUUUCUUGCCUUGCCUUCAUUUGUACUCCAGAUUACUUGCAGGGUAUUCUUGUGUCUGGAAGUGGUGAUUCAACUGUUCACAUGUGGGAUGUUAUAUCUGGAUCCCUUCUUGAUACUUGCGAAGUUGGUGCAAAGGCAGAACAAUUAAAGUUUGAUGCAAGUGAAGCUAACUGUUCAACUGUUACUGACAUAUGCACAAUCCCAGAUUGUACCCUUUUUGCAGUGGCCAUUCAAAGUUUGCCAGGAAUAAUGUUGUUGAGCUGCAACCUUCCAUCUCGGACUCUUUCUGUUGUCAAGGUGGUUUCAAUUGUGGGGGAGAAUUUCAUUCCUACAAGCCUAGGCAGUACCAUUUCUGGAGGAUUAUUGUGGAUGGUAACAGGUGCCUCUAAGUUGAGUGGUUCUGAUCACUCGUCUUUGUCACGAGUAAAAGUGAUAUCUGGUUUUAGAAAAAGCAGUCCCGACUCAUUGGAGCAGGAGCCAGUUGUGCUGGGGGAUUGUGAAAUACCUGGUGGAGCAAAACUGCUGGAGAAGUUGCAGGGAAGUAUUUCAAUUGAUGAAAAGGUGUUCUUGGCCGCUGCCGAAGCUGUGAAAACAGCAAUGUGCAAUUUGUUAAUUAAGAAGCAAUAUUCUGUGGAGAAACGAGAGUGUAGAAAGAGAACCAGAAAUGAUAAGAAAAUGAAGUAAAACCCAUUUUUGCGGCGUUUGCCUUGUAAUUGAGUUUUGUGAGCGUAUGACAUUGAACUGCUUGUACCAUUAGUUAUUUAUUCAUCACCAUAAGAAAGUUUGUCUUGUAGUUUUCUGAGA